AUGUAUCAGUGGGCCUCCUGCUGGCUUUUCAUCGGAUUCUUGACUCCUCUCUUCUCUCUUCCUGUCACGGACUUCAGGGAGGUGUCCCCUCAGCUCUCAGCCACUGAUGAAGAUGCAAGAUGGACUUCCAGUGAGGUACAAAGAGCUUCCCUCCUGCGGAUGCUGCCAGAGAUGCUGAAUGCACAGAGAGCUGCUGGUCUGGGGACACCGGGCGAGGAGAUAAAACCAAGAACCAGCAGUUUCCGCUCAGGAGGAACGACAAGAAAUGCUCUCUCUGGACAAGACCCUAAAGUUUUACUGAGAGACCUUUUGGUUGGAACCAGGAAACCGUCUAAGAAAUACGAGACUCCUUCUGAGUGCUUCUGGAAAUACUGUAUCUGAGGUGAAAUAUGCAUCUGCUACUGAACUAGAAAUAACUGUCUUAGAAAACAAAAACGCAUGCUUUAAAAACAGCAUUAGAGAAAAACUUAG